AGUUGGUGCAGUGGACUUGUGGAUCGUGUGUGUGUGGACUCACGGCUGCGGCAUUAGCAAGGCUUGCUAUAGCGACUGAGAACAAAUAUUAUUGCACGGAGCCGGGAGGAUGCCGCCAGGCACCGCUAUGUAGCAGCACCCCCGUUGCACGGAUCGGAAUUGUUACAAUCACUGACUGCUUUGUUUCAGGGUCAAGAAGGAAGAGGCAAUCACACUGAGGGCAGAGGCGUUGGAGCUGACGCGGUGGGGGAGAUGGAUCAGCGCGGGAUACCGGUUUUGCAAAGAAGAGCCCAAUUAUUAAGUUGAAAUCUAAACCAAAUGAGAAGCGGGAGAGCAGGACAGGAAGCUCUCGCCGUCGCGCAGAACAGUUUGCGGGCAAGAGGAGGAUUGAAUCGAAUAUGCGAACGGUUUCCUGGCAUGGGCUUGGAAAGGGCAGGAUCAGCAAAAACUCCGGCGCAUAACGGUGCUUCUGAAUGGCUGAGACUGCCGGCUUUUUCCACGCAGCGCGGCAGCGAAUCGAAUCCAUGAGUUGUCCACACUGCUGGCGGCAAAGCUAGAGGGGAAAGCGAUGGAGAAAAGACUUGGAGCCAGGUUGCCAAGUGUCACUGUUCAGCAUGAAUAUAUCGGGAACAAAGUGUAUGAGGUUACAUCGUUUGCAUCUGUUCAAGAGAUCAAGGAGUUAAUCUUUGUGGAAACAGAUUUCCCUGCUUCUGAACAGAGGCUGCUGCACAAUGGGAAAGAGCUGGAAGACUCAACACAGAUUGGGAGUUUGUUACAAUCUGGGACCCACAAGAUUAAUUUGAAAUUGCAAGGAAGAGGGCUGAAAGGAGGAGGCAGGUUUGGACAGACAACACCUCCGCUUGUAGAUUUCCUCAAGGAUAUUCUGAGACGAUAUCCCGAAGGAGGGCAGAUUCUUAAGGAACUGAUACAAAAUGCUGAAGAUGCUGGAGCCACUGAGGUGAAGUUCUUGUACGAUGAGACAGAAUAUGGAACUAACUCGCUGUGGUCUGAUCGUCUGACGGAAUAUCAAGGAUCAGCUUUAUACUCAUACAAUAAUGCAGUAUUCACUUCCGAGGAUUGGCAUGGAAUUCAGGAGAUAGCAAGAAGCAGGAAAAGAGAUGAUCCUUUAAAAGUCGGACGCUUUGGAAUUGGAUUCAAUUCUGUCUAUCACGUAACGGAUGCGCCUUGCAUAUUUAGUGGGACACAGAUUGGAAUGUUGGAUCCUCAACAAUCACUCUUUGGAUCUCAUGAAUCGGGUCAAAGCUGGAAUCUAACAAAUGACCGGGAAGAAAUUAAUGAGCACCAGGACCAAUUUGCACCGUUUGUUGGCAUCUUCGAUAGCACCAAAGAGACUUUCAAGGACGGCUUCUUCCCUGGCACCAUUUUCAGGUUCCCUCUCCGUAAGAAGCCAUCUUACGUGAGCAGCAAUGUUUACAAUAAGGACAAAGUGCUCGAGCUGUUCGAGUCGUUCAAAGCAGAUGCCAGCUCCCUCCUGCUCUUCUUGAAGAAUGUGCAAAGUGUGACGUUGUACAGCAGGGAAUGCAAGGGGACGGAGCGAAUGCUCUUCAGGGUGACUGCCUCUGAGGGCAAGAACCUGAAGCACGAGCGGCCCAACUCCUUAAACAUCCUAAGGACUGCUGCAGAUCGCUACUGCAAUGAUAUUCCAAGUAACAGCAUGACAUGUGUGACCUAUCACGUGAAUAUAGUGUCAGAGGAUGUCACCUCAAAAGAAAGAAAUGAAAUGUCCUGGCUUGUUUGCAACAGUGUUGGUGGCAGAGGCAUGUGCAAUGAAUUGGACUGUUUGGCUGAAGACCUGAAAUACAUCCCCAGUAUUGGCAUUGCUAUGCCUCUCCUCGGAAGAGAGGAAACAAAAGGGGCUGCGGCGGAGUUCAUAGGGCGGGCGUUUUGCUUCCUCCCUUUGCCUCCCGGUGAAGAGAGCAAGACUGGUCUACCGGUGCACAUCAGCGGUUUCUUUGGACUGACGGAUAACAGGAGGAGUAUCAAGUGGAGGGAGGUGGACCAGUGGAGAGAUCCAGCGGCCUUGUGGAACGAGCUCCUGGUACGUAACGUGGUACCAAAGACCUACGCCACCCUGGUUCUCGAAGCGAUCAAACGAAUGCAGGCUGGAAAAAGCCAAGAUUCUCCGUUAACUCCCGACUCCAUUCACAAAGUAUGGCCUGACAUUAACAAAAUCCGUGUACAUUGGAAACCAAUCUUGGAGCCUCUCUUCAAGGAACUGAUUCAGCACCCUGUAAUCUAUGCAAUGAGUAACCACUGGGUUAAAGCCGACUUGGUUUAUUUCUGUGAAAUGGACCACAGCGGCGACUGUAUGGAGACGGUGCUCAACUUCCUCAAUAAGGCAGGAGUGCAGAUAAGCCGGGUUCCUACCAAUGUUUCCAAUGCCGUGCAAGCCUACAGUUCUGAUGCAAAUAACCUCAAGAAAGUCAGUCCUGCCCUGGUGCGGCAGAUGAUGAGGAAAUUCCGACAUCGAGGAAGCGCUGAAGAGAAACUUCAACUCUUGGAGUACGUACUGAGCGAUCGUAACUUUGGAGAAUUGAUUGGACUGGAGCUGCUACCAUUGCAGAACGGAAGCUUCAAAUCCUUCGACUCCUCGGCAGCAGAUAAGGACGGUGUUUAUAUCACCACAGACGAUCAUUCCCGAUCACUUUUCCCUGGACUGGAAGGCAGAUUUCUAGCUGAAAAUCUGAAGCCGUGUAUCCUGUCUGCCCUGAGGGAGGCUGCAGAGAGUCGAGGUCGCCUCUGUACGCAGCUGCAGCUGAUGACCCCUGAGCGUACUGCGAGACUAAUAAAAGAAAUGAUGACUUCCUGCUGGCCUGGUCGAGAGAUGAUGGUUCAGUGGUUGCCAGGAAACUCAGAGAGGAAGCACCCACCAUUGUCAUGGCUGACAGCAGUAUGGAGAUAUCUGUAUCACAACUUCCCUGAAGAUCUGACUCUGUUUGAGGAGUUGCCACUCAUCCCGAAGAGGCGUUUGAGUGAAUCCCAAAACGUGGUUCACCUUUUGCGUGUCCGAUCUCCAUCUCCUAUAAUCAUGGAAUCCGAAAAUGAAACGCAGCUCCCCGAGUUUCUGGCAGAAGUCAUCGAAAAGCUUGGAGGAGUUGUCGUUAAAGAACUAGACCCAUGUUUGCAGCACCCCCUUAUGAAAAAAUACAUCCAUUCCCCUCUGCCUAGCAGCAUGCUGCAGAUCCUGGAUAAGGCAAUGCCACAGAGGAUUUCCAGUCAGGUCAUGUUGCUGCCUCCAACACACAAAGUUGCACUUAGAUCUUUCCUAGCUAGUUUGCCAGAGGUUAACGAGCGAGACAAGAAGAUCCUUAAGGAACUAGUUAUCUUUAAUAAAAUUGAACCAUCCUCCGAGAAAGGUACUCCCAGUUUUGUUGCGCUAAAAGGAAAUAAAGUCUUGCACCACACUGCAAAACUGCCCCCAGAUAUACGGAUGUCUGGUACCGUCAUACACAGCACUGAUGAAGCUUCCAUCCGUUUGGUCACCUUGCUGAAAGUUGACCAAUUAAAAAGUACUGACUGUCUAAAGAUGAUACUGCAAGACAUUGAAAAAAGCUUUUAUUCCAAUAAGGAUGUCAUGGAUAUUGUGAGUUGGAUACUCAUCAACUUAGCCUUCCUCAAAGAUGAAAAUGCCUUGUUUAUAGAAUGGCUGAAAGCCUUGAAAUUUAUUUCUGUUUCUCAGGGAAGAUUACUGUCCGCUAAUGAACUGUUUGAUCCUGAAAUUGAAACACUGCAGAACUUGUUUUAUGCUGAAGAAAAAGCAGUGUUUCCGCCGGUGAGCUAUACCUCGAUUCCAGAUGUGUUGCACGCUCUGAGGCAGAUAGGUUUAAAGAAUGAGGAUCAGUUAACGGAAAAAGAAGUCAUUCAAGUGGCCAAACGAAUUGAAGUUCUGCAGAGCAGUGGUAUGGUGCAACAUGAUCUGGUUAACAAAAAAGCCAAGACAUUGCUCAUGAUUCUUCACAGGCAGAAGACUUUGUCGCUUUCAUCUGGAGCAAAGUCAACCAUGCAGAAAGUAAAGUGGGUUCCUGUAUGUAAGACUCGCCCUCUGAAUUACCCGCAGUCCCUUGCCUGGAAAGGGGACGUGUUAACUUUCCACAAGGCUUGUGAGAUGUGGCAUGUAUCUGACGCAGUGUUGGUUGGCUCCGCCGUGCCUCUUGUGGAGAACAUCUCUCCGGAAGUUCGGAAAUUGCUGGGAUUUUCCACAGAACCCAGUCUGAACAGGGUAUUGGGGCACUUGCAGAAUGUCGUGGAUUGGCACAACUCCAAGGACUUCAAUAGUGACGAGUGGUACCAGUUUCAGCACUUCUUGCUUGACAUUUAUGACUUUAUGCAAGGACAUUUGCAGAAGGAUAAAGAAGACUUCAAAUCAUUGACCUUUCCUUGGGUUUGGACUGGGAAAGUAUUUACUGUACCUGGACACGUAACUAUAAAACCAAUACAAGAUCUCGAUCUGGAACCCUACCUGUAUAUCUUACCAAAAACCAUGGCUAAAUAUCGCAAGCUAUUUACGUUCUUUGGAGCACUGGAAGAAAUAACAACUGAACACCUCUUCGGUAUUGUGAAGACCAUGAAACAAAAAAGCGACGGGGAAAUCAGUGAGCAGGAAAGUAAACACAACUUGCUUCUGGUAUUGAACAUCUUGAAGUGGCUGUACAUCAAUCAUGUUGCCGUUAACGUUGACACUCCAAUCCCUAUUCAUUACAGUAAAGAUCCCAGCAAAUUGGUGAUGGAGCCCAUUGAGAACUGUAGCUACUGCGACAUCAAAGUAGACGAUCUCAGCGACUUGCUUGACGAUUCCUUGGAACCCAUUAACUUGGUCCAUGAGGACAUCCCGAUGAAGAUGGCUCAGGCACUGAAGGUGCCAUGCCUGAGCACCAGGCUGAUUAACCCAGAGAACCUGGGCUUUGAGCAGUCAGGACAAAGGGAGCCACUCACGGUGCGGAUCAGAAACAUCCUGGAGGAAUACCCGUCGGUGGCGGACAUCUUCAAGGAGCUCCUCCAGAAUGCGGACGAUGCGGAGGGGACAGAGUGCAGCUUCCUGAUCGACAUGCGGGGCAACUCUGAUAUCCGGGAGAACCUUCUCGACCCGGGAAUGGUGCAGUGCCACGGCCCCGCUCUCUGGUCCUUCAACAACUCCGACUUCAGUGAUGCCGACUUUGUAAACAUAACCAGGCUGGGCGGCUCCCUGAAGCGGUGCGAGGUGGACAAGGUCGGUAAGUUUGGACUAGGUUUCAACUCCGUGUACCACAUCACGGACAUCCCUAUAAUUCUGAGCCGUGAAUUCAUGAUAAUGUUUGAUCCAAAUAUUAAUCACUUGGGGAAGCAUAUUCGUGACAAAACUCAUCCUGGGAUAAAGAUCAAUUGGAACAAACAUCAGAAGAGGUUAAGGAAGUUUCCCAAUCAGUUCCGGCCGUUUGUCAACGUAUUUGGUUGUGAUUUACCGCUGGACAGAGAGAAACCAUUUUGCUAUAUGGGAACGCUUUUCAGACUUCCCUUCAGGGUGGAGGAAGAAGCAUUAGUCAGUGAGAUCAGCAGUGUUUCCUAUGGCACGGCCGAUAUCUAUUCUCUCGUGGAUGAAUUCAGCCUGUGUGGCCACAGAUUGAUCCUCUUCUCCCAGAAUGUCAACACCAUGUUGUUGAAAUACUUGCAGUCCGAAGAGUCGGAUCCCAGUUUGGCGCAGACUCUGAUUGGAAUCAAGAAAAUAGUUUGCUCGUCCAAAGCCGUGACCACACCGAUUAAUAUUUUGAAGGAGGCUGCAAAACUGAUGAAGAGACUUUCUGGUAGCAGGCAGCUUCCUUCCGAGGCGCCUAGGUGUGCCUGCAUAGUGCAGAUCGUGGUGGAUGAAUUCCUUCAGGUGUUCCGAAGGGUAGUCGAUCUCCAGUCGCCGCUCUUCAGGGGCCCGGAGGAUGGGGCCGCGCCCUUCGCAGACUUCUCGGCCAAGGUGGCUCAGGGCAGAAAGAUGGCGAGCGGAGAGGCGGCCCCAGAGAAAGUGACCGAGUCCACCACUUGGCUCAUCUGUUCGUGCAUGGACACCGGGGAAGCUCUGAUAUUCUCGCUGCAAGAAAGCGGGCGGAGGCUGGGGCUUGUCCCUUGCGGCGCGGUCAGUAUUCUGCUAUCCGAGACGGAGGGUGGUAAGUGGAGCAUUAAGACAAAUGGCAGCGCUUUCGGUGAAGUGUUCUGCUACUUGCCUCUGAGGAUUAACACGGGUUUGCCGGUCCAUAUCAACGGUUGCUUUGCGGUUUCCUCCAACCGCAAGGAAAUCUGGAAGACUGAUACAAAAGGCAGGUGGAACACCAUUUUCAUGAGGCAUGUGAUAGUCCAGGCAUAUUUGGAAGCCCUCGCUGUGUUGCGAGACAUGGCCGGCAAUGCAGAGCUUGAUGACUACGACUAUUACACCCUGUGGCCUGAUAUUACCUUGGUGCACGAUGACUUUGCCGUGGUGUGGCAGGGCUUUUACGAAGACAUCGCCAAAGGGCGAGGCAACAAGCUGACGGAGGUAUUCUCGGAUGGGACCUCUUGGGUCUCCAUCAGAAGCAUAAGGUUCUUGGACGACACUUUGCUUCGGCGGCCGGUGGUGGGGCCCUUGGCUUUCAAGAUCCUCCUGCAGUUCCUCAAGAAGGCCAAGCCUCAGCCCCUGUGCGCCGUGGAGCUCCCCCCAUGGGUCCGGGCGGGUUUUGAAGAGGCGGGCUGCAGGAGCAUCUUGCUGGAGAACACCUUUUCAGAGAAGCAGUUUUUUACCGAGGCGUUUUUCCCGUACAUCGAGGAGAUCGAGGCGGAUCUCCGCGAUCCGUUGAUGCUCUACAUCCUGGACGAGAAGGUGUUGGAGUUGUCGGGGCUCCUACGUUCCAGUUGUUGCAUACCGUCCUCGGGGGAAGACCAGCAGCUGUCUGUCCCCUCAAGACUCAUCCAUCCCGAAGGCCGUGUCGCCAAGCUGUAUGACAUUAGCGACGGGAGAUUCCCCUCUGGAACUCCACAAGACUACCUGAACCCAGUCCGUUUGGUGAAGCUGGUGCAGCUCGGCAUGAUCAAGGACGACAUUUCCUGGGAGGAUUUACUAGAGCGCGCGGGGUCUGUUGCAGCGUUAAACGAAAGCGACCAUGCAGCGGCUUGUCUACGCUGCAGCAUCAUUCUCAGCUUAAUCGAUGAGAAACUCAAGUUUCGGGAUCACAGAGCCAAAGACUUUGCAGUGAAGUUUCAGUCCGCAUCUUUCCUUCCUUUCCUUAAAAAGCCACCUGGUUUCUCAUUGCAUUGGAAAGGAAACGAUUUCCAACCAGAGACUCUCUUUUCAGCCAAAGAGGUUUAUCCACUUGAGUACCAAGAUGUAGUUUGCCUUCUGCACCCGCUUCUAAAUGAAAAUCCUCCCAGUAAAGGAUGUGGCAGUCUGUCCUCGAGUAUGAAGGACUUCUUGGGGCUGCUGAAAAAGCCACCUAUCCUUGUAGUGUUGGAACAGCUGAAGAAAGUUGCGACAGGGUUUGACGGCAUCACUCUGUGCCAGGAGAACAUCACAAACGCUUGCUACAAGUAUCUCCACGAAGCCAUGAUGAAGAACGAGACGGCAAAGGUUCAGAUCAACGGGGAGCUUCAAAGCUUUGCCUUUGUUCUGGUGGAGAACACAUACGUCGAGUCGGCGAAGGUGUCCUUCCACUUGAACUUUGACGCGACUCCGUACCUCUAUCAGCUGCCGAACAAGUACAGGAACAACUUCCGCGAGUUCUUCGAGAAGCUGGGCGUUCAGUCCUCGUUCACGGUUGAAGACUUUGCGUCGGUCCUUGAGGUUUUGAAAACCGAAACUGGCCGUGAGCCGCUGAAGGAGAACGAUUUCCAGCUCUGCCGAAGAAUCAUCAGCGAGGGUGUCUGGGGGCUCAUCCGCGAGAAAAAUCGAGACUACUGCAAGCGGAAAUAUGGGACCCUUUUGUUACCGGAUGGCGAGAACUUUCUCAUUCCAGCGAAAUCUCUGUGUUACAAUGAUUGUCCGUGGAUUCGAGUGAGUGAUAAGAGUGUGAAAUAUUGCCAUCCGGACAUACCAAGAGAGGUGGCAGUCAAACUUGGGGCAAUGCCAAAGCGCCACAAAGCUCUUGAACGUUACGCUUCCAACAUUUGCUUCAGUAGCCUCGGCAGUGAAUUUGGGCAGAAGGAGAAACUGACCAGUCGCAUUAAGAGCAUUCUCAAUGCGUAUCCGUCCGAGAAAGAAAUGCUUAAAGAGCUACUUCAAAACGCAGAUGACGCCAAAGCCACAGAGAUCUACUUCAUCUUUGACCCGAGGGAACAUCCAGGGGAUCGGAUCUUUGAUGAAAAGUGGGCCCCGCUCCAAGGCCCAGCAGUUUGCGUGUACAACAACCAGCCCUUCACAGAAGAUGACAUUAGAGGGGUUCAGAACCUUGGGAGAGGGACAAAGGAAGGGAAUCCUGGAAAGACCGGACAAUACGGGAUUGGAUUCAAUUCUGUAUACCACAUAACUGACUGCCCGGCAUUUAUUUCUGACAACGAUGUACUCUGCAUCUUUGAUCCCCACGCAAGAUAUGCUCCGGGAUCUACCAACGUUAGCCCCGGACGGAUGUUUAGAGAUUUGGACUCGGACUUUAGAACCCAGUUUCAUGAUGUAUUGAGCCCGUUCUUAGGUAACCUCUUCAAAAUGGAGAACGCUACGAUGUUUCGGUUCCCGAUCAGGAAUGCCGAGAUGUCCAAGAUAUCGGAGAUCUGCCAAGUCCCAGUGUCGGAUCAGAUGGUUCAGAAUCUUUUGGACAAACUGCGCAGCGACGGAGCAGAGCUCCUCAUGUUUCUAAAUCACAUGGAGAAGAUUUCGAUUUGCGAGAUCGAGAAAACGACGGGAGAAUUAAAUGUCCUGUACUCGGUGAAAGCCAAUAUCACAGAUGCAGACAGGCUGAAACGGAAGCAGUUUCACGCGUCGGUGCUUGACAGCGUAAAUAAAAGGAAACAGCUCGGACAGAUACCGGUCCAGCAGAUCACCUACGCGAUGGACAUUGAAGAUUCUGAAGGCAACCUCACUACCUGGUUGGUCUGCAACCGGGCCGGGUUCUCCAACAUGGAGAAAGUUUCAAAGUCCGUCAUAUCGGCUCAUAAAAACGAGGACAUCACCCUUUUCCCCAGGGGCGGAGUGGCCGGCUGCAUCAGUCACAAUUACAAGAAGCCACUUCGAGCUUUCUGCUUCCUGCCGCUGUCCCUGGAAACGGGGUUGCCCGUUCAUGUGAACGGGCAUUUUGCUUUGGACUCGGCAAGGAGGAAUCUGUGGCGGGAUGACAAUGGCGUAGGGGUGAGGAGCGACUGGAACAACAAUCUCAUGACCACCCUGAUUGCCCCAGCCUACGUGGAACUCUUGGUUCAGAUUCGGAAGCGAUACUUCCUGGGCUCCGACCCAACGAUCACUGUCCUGCAAAACACGCCCAACCACGUCUUGAAGGACUCGUUAAAGAAAUUCCUGACCUUCUUCGCCACCAACAAGCAGGACAUACAGCCGGAUUGGCACUGCCUGGUGAGGUCCCUCUACUGCUGUCUUCACGAUGAUCUCAAACGUCUCCUUCCAGUGGUGCGAGUCCCCAACGCGGACAGUGGAGAACUGCACCCCGCCAUUUUCAUCAGCUGGGUGAACACGUCCUUGGCGAACAGAAACAGGUCUUUCUUUGACAACUUGCUGCAAGAUGAGCUGCAGCACAUGAAGAGCACGGAAUACAACAUCGCGGUUCGCAAGACAAUCGCCGAGAACGUCUACCGGCUGAAAAAUCUGCUGCUCGACAUAGGAUUCAACUUGGUGUACAGCUCCGACGAGACUGCCAACAUUUACCUGAGUUUCCGGGAAGCUGGGAUCCCGGUUCACUACGUAACGCCGGCAGACGUGCGCGAAUUCUUGCACACCUUCACGUCUCCAGACUCGAGCUGCCACAUCGGGAAGCUGCCCUGCCGAUUGCACCAGACGGCGCUGAAGCAGUUCCACAACCUGAAGCUUCUGGUUGACUGUUGCUUCAAGGAUUCGGAAGAGAAUGAGAUCAGAGUGGAAGGACUUCCUCUCCUCCUCACCCUGGACAAUGUCGUGCAAGUCUUCGACGCCAAGCGCCCCAAGUUUCUGACCACCUACCAAGAGUUGGUCUCGUCCCGCAAAGAGCUCUUCAUGAACACGCUUUAUAUGAAGUACAACAAUAUCCUGCUCAACUGCGGCGUCGCAAAGGCUUUCGAGAUAAGCAGUUUCGCAGAGCUGUUGUCGUUUGUGCUCCCGAGGGACUACAGAACGAGGUUCGUCGUGAAGUGGAAAGACAAUUUUGUGAGCGAGUCGUGGCUGAAGACCUGCUGGCAUUUCAUCAGCGACGCUAUUUCGGUGAAGGAAGGCGAAGCGGAGAUCAGGCCGACCUUUGAAACCAUCGUCGAGGUGUUGAAAGACUGGGCUUUGCUGCCGGGUACAAAGUUCACGAUGUCCAGCAACAGGAUGUUGAUGCCGGAGAGCGAAGUAUUGGUGCCACUCAGUUUAAUGUACGUUUCCAUCUUCCCAACCGGCCAAAACGAAAAGGUUUUCAGCAUACUGAUGAAAGCGGGCUGCAUUCAACUGGCGUUGAAUAAAAUCUGCUCGAAAGAUAAUCUUUUGGUCUCCCAGUUGGCUUCCCACUUGGCGAACGUUGAGAGUCCCGAUAGCAUUUUGAAGGCCCUCGAUUACAUGAAUCGAACAUCAACACUGAGGACAAAUCUUCUCACUGACAGCGACUUUGAAGUGCUUCUGAUGUACUUCAAUUCCAACUUGAAUCAACUGGCAGCUCAGGAUGACAGUAAGAUCCUGAAGUCUCUGCCUUGUUUUAAGGCCAUUAAUGGAACCUAUAUCAGCAUCUUGAAGUACGGCUCUUGCUUUGUUCUCACAAAAAACAUUCCCCUGGCCGAAAUAGAACGAUGGACAUUGUCCACCAACUUUGCCUUUCUUGCGGACAAUCCUCAGCUGAAAGACUUGUAUGGUUUCCUCAACUGCGUUCCUGUGGAUGACCUAGAGGUCUACUUGAAACACUUGCUGCCAAAGUUUGAUAACCUCACCACUGCGGCUAAGAUUGAACAUCUAGUGCACCUGAAGAAGAAGCUAUCCAAUCUGGACGAAGGCACAUCAGUCAGGCAGCAACUGUUUGAGAAGCUUGAAAGCCUUGCAAUCAUCCCGGACUCCUUCAAUCGACUGAAGCUCGCAAAUAAUCUUUACGACCGGACAGAGAAUGUUUUCAAAGUCAUGUUGCCCGAGAGCAGUUUCAUCCCUCAAGACUUCUUCCGGCGACUGGAACAGAUUGAAAAACCCAAGAACCGCGCUGCGUUCCUCACCUCCUGGAUAACGUUCUUUCGAAACAUCGGACUGAAGCACACGGUCUCCCAGCAACAGUUACUGCAGUUUGCGAAGGAGACUGGAACCCGGGCUCAAGCGGAGAAUUGGCCUAAAGAAACGAUACAGAACAAGGUUGACGUUCUGCUAAACCAUAUAUUUCAAGAGAGGACUGAUUUGUUCAUCGGGACCUUUCUUAAAGACCUUUCAUUGAUACCGUUCAUCUACCCAGAACGUGCUACUGCACAGCUCUUGAAACUUCACCCUCAGUACCAGGAACUCAAUGGGAUUCUCUCUUUAAUAUGUUUCAGUGGAGCGCAAGUCAAUCCCAAAUUCAAGCAGGCUGACGUCAUGCAGUUAUUGUGGACAUCCUGCUCCAUCCUUCCGGAAAAGGCAACACCUCUGAGCAUUAAGGACCAAAAAGAUAGCAAGCUUGAUAAGCAGGAACAGGUGGAGGAAGUUCUGGCAAUGUUAAACGUCAGUCUGGAUCCCCCGUCGGACAAAGUCAUAAGUAACUGCAAAAACAUCUGCAACAUUGCAUCUCCAGAGGACGACAUGAUCAAAACAAGAGUCAAAGUGUUGCAAAGUACUUACGAGUUCCUGAACGCAGAGAAAAAAGAUUUCCGCCUCCACCUUCGAGGUGUUGCCUUUGUCAUGGUUGAAGAUGGUUGGAAACUACUCAAACCCGAAGAGGUGGUCAUAAAUCUUGAACAUGAGUCCGAUUAUAAACCCUACCUGUACAAGUUGCCUUUGGAACUCGGCAGCUUCCACCAGUUGUUUAAACUUCUGGGCACUGAAGACAUCAUUUCGACCAAACAGUACGUUGAAGUUUUGGGGCGUAUUUUUAAGAUAUCUGAAGGGAAGCACUUGGAACCAAACGAGAUGAGGACUGUGAAGAGGGCUGUAUCUGGACUGUUCAAGAGCCUUCAAAAUGAGCCGAUCAAGGUCAGAAUAGAUCUGGAGAAUCUCCGCGAUUUAGGUCUUUACCUCCCGAGUAACGACGGAAGAUUAACAAAGUCGAACACGCUGGUUUUUGACGACGCGCCCCAUUAUAAAUGUCGGAUGCAAGGCAACGUAGGCAUGCUAAUGUUGGUGGACCUCAGCCAGUGCUACUUGGGAAAGGACCACGCAUUUCACACCAAGCUGAUCAUGCUCCUCCCUUCCAAACUGAGACCUAGGCUACUUGGUGGAAUCUUAGAAGAGAUCCUGGACGAGGAAACGCCAAAGAUAUGCCAAUUCGGGGCCCUCUGUUCGCUUCAGGGUCGUCUGCAGUUGUUGCUCUCCUCCGAGCAGUUUAUCACGGGUCUAAUCCGGAUUAUGAAGCACGAGAACGACAACGCCUACCUGGCCAACGAAGAGAAAGCCAAUCGGCUCUGCCGAGCCUUGCGUGAAGGGCUGAAGGUUUCGUGUUUUGAGAAACUGCAGACGAGCCUUCGCAUAAAAGGGUGCAGUACGAUUCCGCGGAGCAAAAGUGAGACGUUGGCUUUCUUGAAGAGAUACGGAAACGCUGCGAUACACCUGUACAUCCAGCACGCAGAAGGCAAGGAUAUUAAUUUUCUAUUAUCCCUGGCAAUGACCUUUAAAACUGCCACUGACAACUUGAUUUUGGAUACAUCCUACCUAAUAGCCAUGCUUGGCUGUAAUGAUAUCUACAGGAUCAAUGAGAAACUGGAUAACUUAGGAGUUAAGUAUGAUUCUUCUACUGAACGUUCAAAACUUGAACUGCCCCUGCCAGGAACACCUAUAUCAACCGAGAUCCAUUAUCUACUGCUCAUGGACCCUCUAAAUGUGUUCUACCCAGGUGAAUAUGUUGGGUACCUUGUCGACGCUGAGGGAGGCGAUAUCUAUGGAUCGUACCAACCAACGUACACCUACGCCAUCAUUGUGCAAGAGGUGGAACGGGAAGGAGCUGAGAACUCCAGCUUUCUGGGCAAGUACUUCCAGAUAGACAUCGGCUACAGCGAAUACAAAAUCGUAAGUUCACUCGAUCUGUAUAAAUUCUCGAGACCGGACGAAAGUUCCCAAGGAAGAGACAGCACGCCCACCACCCCUACGAGUCCCACCGAAUGCCUUUCCCCCGGUCUCAGGCCGAUUCCUCCCCAUUUUCCUGGAAGGGAAAGCCACCGAGCUUCGACCUCAAGACACCAGUCUCCAAAGAAGAUCAAACUUCAUGCCUUGCCCGAGAUCCUCCGCGAAGUCACCAUGGUGCUGGAGCAGGCAUGGCGGCUUACCGAGUCCGAACGGAAGAAAAUCAUACGCCGCUUGUACCUCAAGUGGCAUCCCGAUAAAAACGCGGAGAACCUAGAGAUUGCCACCGAGGUCUUCAAGCAUCUGCAGAUUGAAAUCAACCGCCUGGAGAAGCAAGGGGUAGGAGGUUCUGAAUUCAGCACUGACAGAACUUCCAGAAGGACGUACUCCUCGGCCCGCUUCCAGUCGGAAAAGUUCUCCUUUCAGCGGUUUUACACAUCCUGGAAUCAGGAAGCAACCAGCCACAAGUCCGACAGGCAGCACUUUAAAGCCAGAUUUGCCUCCGCCUCCGGUUCAUCCCAUUCCCCCCGCUUUUUUGUGCCUCCAACCUUCAAAACUGUGGGCAACCCCAUCGAGGCUCGCAGGUGGCUCAGGCAAGCGCGGGCGAACUUCUCUGCGGCCAGGAACGACCUACACAAGAACGCUAAUGAGUGGGUCUGCUUCAAGUGCUACCUGGCGGCCAAGCUUGCCCUGAUAUCGGCCGAAUACGCAGUCAAGGGAAAGUCGGACAAAGACGUCAAACCCGCGGCACUUGCACAGAAAGUGGAGGAGUACAGCCAAAGUCUGGCAGGACUUGCCACCGACGUAAAUAAGCUUGAAGCAUACGGUGUGGAUGGACUGAGAACCCGCUAUCCAGAUCUCCUCCCUUUCCCCUUAAUUCCAAAUGAUAAAUUCACUACAGAAGUCGCAAUGAGGGUGAUGGAAUGCACUGCACGCAUCAUCAUAAAACUUGAAAAUUUCAUUCAACAAAAACUGUAAACCUACAAGAAAAACUGUAAGAUUACACGUUGGUAAGAUUAGCGAUCUCGUAAACACUAAUCAGGAUAACAUUUCAAAUUACAUUUCUAUCAGCUCCCUGCAAUUAACGCAAACGGAAGGAUUUUAUUAUCUGAGUUAAAACAUCUAUUCCUUCUCUAAACUCAGGUCGGCACACUGUGGCGCAGAGUUAGAGUUGCUGCCUCACAGCGCAAGAGACCCGAGUUCGAUCCAGUAUGGAGUGUGUACGUUCUCCCUGUGACCACUUGGGUUUUCUCAGGGUGCUCCGGGUUCCUCCAACAUUCCA